UAGCAUUAACUUUUAGACUGACAGUUUGUAGUUUUAUAAGACAUAGCUAAACACGAUUAGCUACUUUUGGAGGCGAGAAGAAAGGCAUACAAUGCCGAGGGAGCGCUUUUUCUCAUCUUCGACUCUCCUUGCUCGUCUUCCUCGUUUACCGACUGCGUGAGGACGGACUCAAACCAGAAACUACUGUAUCGACAAGUGUCAAUAACUGUAGCUAGCAAGCUAGCUAGCUAUAACCCGAACAAGUGCUAAUUUACAAUGGCGGAUAGCGUAGGAGAGGGUGUUAAUGGUGAAAUUGGGUUAGGUGUCGGUAGUCAGGGAAAUGGAGCUCCGUUGUUACCGAGUUUGGGUAAUUCUCUGCCGGGCCACUCAACGAGCGGAGCUAACCCGGCCUCACCACCUCCUGCAGCGGCGGCGGAGACUGGCCUAGCCGUCAUGGCCCCUGGAGCCACAACCACAUCAACCGUAGGGACUGGGAGCGGGUUUGGAGUUGCAGGUGUUCUUAGCACGGUAGUGGGCGCUGCCAUUCCAGUACCCCCCUACUCGGCCACCAAUGCUCUUCCAGGCGGUAUUGGUUUGGGGGUGGCCGGAGCGGGCCUCCUGUCCCAGAUUCACGCAACGUCCUGGGACCCAACACUAAGUACCGACUGGGACAACGAGAAGACGUCCCAGCAAUGCAUUCUCCGAAUCAAAAGGUAAACAUUUGAGUAUCUAGAUAUACCCUUAUGGGCUUGCCUGUUAUAACAUAUGGAAUGUGGUUCCAUGCUGUCUGAAAAGCACCUUUCAUAUCGGGGAAAUAAUUUCCAAAAACAAAAGGUUAAAUUGAUACACACCUUCAUAGGGUUAGUGUUCCCACACGGCCAUAUCUCAAUGUUACAGCGCUUGUUUAAUUAGCUAUAUAGCAUUCUCCGAACACCUGUGUCUAAGCAUAACUCGGGAAGUGUAGCAGAAGUGUAGUUUCGUCGGAUGGAGGCACCCAUAGGUAUAUGGACCUGAGCAAAACGUCUACAGUAAGUGUAUAUAUUUUUUAUUUGAAGGAUUCUUUCCCGCUGAUGAAAGAUAAUGGCCUUAUGGUUCGAAAGCCCUUUCGUAAUUGAUGAUUAAUGACGUUUCUAAACGUUAAAACACAGCGUCAGGAUUGUAGUUCAAAAGAGGUAGUCUUUGGCGAAGCUAGUAAUGGCUAAAAACUAGGGAGCUAGGGCUGACAGUGAGGAUUUGAAAAGAGCAGAAUCAACAACCUCUGCAUAAUCAAAACAGUUGCUUUGUGAGAAGGUGUUAACAGUUAGCCAUUGUUAUGUAAAUGCAAGCUGAAAAGUACAAGAGGCCUGGCUUUGGUCCCAAGUGAGAGCAGGUCCAUCGGAGCCAUGACCCAGUGAGACACUGGUGCUGGCCCGCGUAGGUGGAAACAGAAAAGUCUGAGCCUUUUGGGUGAAACAUCCUGUAGGAAAAUGUGCCCUAAGAAAAUGGGUACUUAGGCUAUUAGUUAGGCCAAUAGUUAGUAUUAAUUGGUCAGAGUUACUGAUUUCAUAACGUUAGUUUACUAUGAUGUGACUCUGUAAGAAAUAUAUUGACCAUAUAUUAUGAAACGUAUAAACACAACAUUGUCAAUGUUACAUUGUUGACAUGGUGUCCACAUCACCAACAAACUAUCAUGGUCCAAACACACCAAGACAGUCAUGAAGAGGGCACGACAAAGCCUAUUCCCCCUCAGGAGACUGAAAAGAUUUGGCAUGGGUCCUCAGAUCCUCAAAAAAUUCUACAGCUGCACCAUCGAGAGCAUCCUGACUGGUUGCAUCACCGCCUGGUAUGGCAACUGCUUGGCCUCCGACCGCAAGGCACUACAGAGGGUAGUGCGUACGGCCCAGUACAUCACUGGGGCCAAGCUUCCUGCUAUCCAGGACCUCUAUACCAGGCGGUGUCAGAGGAAGGCCCUCAAAAUUGUCAGACUCCAGCCACCCUAGUCAUAGACUGUUCUCUCUGCUACCGCACGGCAAGCGGUACCGGAGUGCCAAGUCUAGGUCCAAAAGACUUCUCAACAGUUUCUACCCCCAAGCCAUAAGACUCCUGAACAGCUAAUCAUGGCUACCCAGACUAUUUGCACUGCCCCCCCACCCCAACUUUUUACGCUGCUGAUACUCUGUUAAUUAUUUAUGCAUAGUCACUUUAACUCUACCCACAUGUACAUAUUACUUCAACUAGCCGGUGCCCCCGCACAUUGACUCUGCACCGGUACCCCCCUGUAUAUAAAGCCUCCCUACUGUUAUUUUAUUUUAUUUUACUUCUGCUUUUUUUUCUCAACACUUUUUGUUGUUGUUUUAUUUUACUUUUUAUUAAAAAAUUAAUGCACUGUUGGUUAAGGGCUGUAAGUAAGCAUUUCAUUGCAAUGUCUGCACCUGUUGUAUUCGGCUCAUGUGGCCAAUAAAAUUUGAUUUGAUUGGACAUAAAUGGUGCCACUUGUCUCUUUAAAAAAUGUGCCCCAAGUGCCAGUCUGCUUGUGCUAUCAUGUCAAGUUGGCAAGAGCACAAACAGAUCUGGGACCAGGCUGCUAUCAUUGUGUAUUUGCAUAUUUUCUUAAGUUUGUCUUCUUACUCUCUCCUCAGGGAUAUCAUGUCCAUCUAUAAGGAGCCUCCCCCGGGUAUGUUUGUGGUUCCUGACCCUCACGACAUGACUAAGGUAAAGCUCCCAGACUUCCACCACCACUCCCUAGGUCCAUGGGGUCUGUUCUGGUACAACUGUACCAAGUCAGACAGCAGUGUGGGUUUCAUGAAUGGGCAUUGUCAUUUGGCUAUGAUGAUGAAAUAUGAGCCUUAGACCUUACUGUUGUACAUUGAGCUAGCCAGACUAUGUGAAGUAUUUGACUGGCGUAUGAAACAAUCCUAUUUGGGACUUGAAAGACAGGGGCUGUCCUUCAAAUGCUGAUGCAGAGUUAAAGUUUAAGCAACCCCUUUCCCAGGCUCAAGUUGAAAGAAAAUGAACAUUAUUAAUUUAGUCAGGCCCCAAUUUACUUAAGUAUUUACCAGGUAAUUUACCCUUGUUUUGUCUUCCAAAUUAUAACCCACAGACUCAAUGUUUGUACUAGGUCAAAAAAAAUCAAUGAAAUUGGACUUACUAAACAAACAAUAAAUACAGCCAUUGAAUAACUUUUGCUGUGGCAAGAGGAACCACAGCCAUCUUGGAAUUAGUCUUCACACAACUAUUAUGAGGAUUAUUAUGGCAACCAUGAGAAUUAUGGAGAAAUUCAACGCAUCAACACCCUCACUAUAUAUUAGUCCUGACUCUAGUCUUCCCUCCUCAGAUUCAUGCCCUCAUCACAGGACCUUUCGACACGCCCUACGAGGGAGGCUUCUUCCUCUUUCUGUUCCGCUGCCCCCCGGACUACCCCAUCCACCCUCCACGGGUCAAGCUCAUCACCACCGGCCAAAACACUGUGCGCUUCAACCCCAACUUUUACCGUAACGGCAAAGUAUGCCUCAGCAUCCUCGGGUAAGCCAGGGUCCUGCAGCUCAGGGGAAACCUGCUGCACCUGAGCAACCCAUACAUCUAUGCCCAGUUUCCUUUCUAACUAGGGGAUGGGGUGACUAGGGGUUGAAAUGGGAUAAGGCAUUCACCAGUCUACCUAUUAAACCCAGGCCCAUAGAAUAGCAGCUCUAACAAAUUAUAUACUUGGGACACUGUGUGAUGUGACCUGCAAUCAAUAUCAUGAUUCCACUUAAUUAAACACAGAGAAUGAAAAACAGCAGACAGUGCUGCCCUAUAGUUGCAAAUCAGUCAGUAUUACUCAUGCCUGACCUGGUCUGAUCACAACUGUAAGGGGUAGAUGCAGGUAGUGGUCAUUCUUUGGCAGAACAUGGCUAUUUAUGGCAGCUCUCUAUGUAGAGACACAGAUAAUUUAUUGCAUUUCAGCACUUCCUCCCAGACUCGGUCCAGGUCUCGCUGUCGAUGUGUGGGUGACUUUGGCCCAGAGGAUGCGAUGCCAUCAUUUGCCCGGUUUCAAUAAUAUAAUUUUUUUAAUUUUUCUUGCAAUAACGUGCCCAUGUAUCGUAAGGCUAUUUUGCACCUAUGGCUCCUUGAAGCAGCUUUGAAGUACUUCCUCUCGUUACCUUUAUAGUAGUGUUGGUCAGUCUCGAGAACCUACAGGGAGUUCAAAUGCUUGCACUCCCAAGAAUAAAAUGGAUCUGCUAUUCAGUCUUCAAUACUUUUUUGGGUGAAGCACCGUAGCUCAUAUGCAACUUAAACUUUAUAUUUUGCUUGGUGGGCGGGAUCCUGAAUCUUUUGUGCUUUAACCUUUCCUCUUUGUUCUGGGUUGUUGUGUAGGACUUGGACAGGGCCAGCAUGGAGCCCGGCCCAAAGCAUCUCCUCAGUUCUGAUCUCCAUCCAGUCCCUGAUGACUGAGAACCCCUACCACAAUGAGCCAGGCUUUGAACAGGUAAGAGGCAAGUUGGCCUCUAAUUUAGCUGGAAAGCCAAUCCACAAUCCCCAGAAUGUAGUUCAAUCCCACUGCCUUAUGGGAAAUGUGGUUAACUGAAGCAAUGCAGCCAUUUUGAUCAACAAAGCUACUGUGUUUUUGGGAUAUGAUAUUGUGAUGAAAUAUGACUGAUUUGUGUUGUCUGACUUACAGAAGUCUUCAGCCGUUGUUCUAUGUGUCUAUUUAGUCCGCUGUUUGCCAUUUCUUCCCCAUUUGUAGAUGUUUGUGUAAACGUGUGUGUGAAAAUCAUUUAUUUCUGUCAUCAGCUACAGACUGACCAUAUCAGUGUGGAAUUUGUCACUUUGUGUCUUGAGAAUUGACCCCCUUACACCUGCUCCCUCUGACACUCCCUUUGCCAGGAGAGACACCCGGGGGACAGCAAGAACUACAAUGAGUGCAUCCGCCAUGAGACCAUGCGCGUGGCUGUCUGUGACAUGCUGGAUGGGAAGGUGCCCUGUCCAGAAGCCCUGUGGUGAGUUAGUCUUGAUUGUUCACUCCAAAAUAAAAGUUUGAGUCUUUUCAAACCUCAAAAGUGGACUGAUGUCGAGAUGAGGCAAUGUUCCACGGCAUCUAUUGUCUAGAUCCAGCGACAGUGCCUUCAGAAAGUAUUCCCACUUGACUUUCUCCACAUUUUGUUGUUACAGCCUGAGUUUAAAAUUGAUUACAUUUAGAUUUUGUGUCACUGAUCUACACACAAUACCCCAUAGUGUCAAAGUGGAAUUAUGCUUUUAGAAAUGUCUUGAGUCAAUAAGUAUUCAACCCCUUUGUUAUGGCAAGCCUAAAUAACUUCAGGAGUAAGAAUUUGCUUAACAACUCGGAUAAUACAUUGAAUGGACUAUCUCUGUGUGCAAUAAUGGUGUUUAACAUUAUUUUUUUAAUGACUACCCCAACUCUGUACCCAACACAUACCAUUAUUUGUAAGGUCCCUCAGUCAAGCAGUGAAUUUCAAGCACAUAUUCAACGACAAACACCAGAAAGGUUUUCCAAUGCCUCGCAAAGAAGGGCACCUAUUGGUAGAUGGGUCAAAAUAAAAAAGCAGACAUUGAAUACCCCUUUGAGCAUGGUGUUAGGUUCUGAACAAACAGAGUAAAAACUCACAGACAACUAGAAAAAGCUCAAACCAAGUUUAUUCACCCACUGGGUCAUACAGCUGCACAGACAGACAUGUUUACACAAGCACAUAUACACUGCUCAAAAAAAUAAAGGGAACACUUAAACAACACAAUAUAACUCCAAGUCAAUCACACUUCUGUGAAAUCAAACUGUCCACUUAGGAAGCAACACUGAUUGACAAUACAUUUCACAUGCUGUUGUGCAAAUGGAAUAGACAACAGGUGGAAAUUAUAGGCAAUUAGCAAGACACCCCCAAUAAAGAAGUGGUUCUGCAGGUGGUGACCACAGACCACUUCUCAGUUCCUAUGCUUCCUGGCUGAUGUUUUGGUCACUUUUGAAUGCUGGCGGUGCUUUCACUCUAGUGGUAGCAUGAGACAGAGUCUACAACCCACACAAGUGGCUCCGGUAGUGCAGCUCAUCCAGGAUGGCACAUCAAUGCGAGCUGUGGCAAGAAGGUUUGCUGUGUCUGUCAGCGUAGGGUCCAGAGCAUGGAGGCGCUACCAGGAGACAGGCCAGUACAUCAGGAGACGUGGAGGAGGCCGUAGGAGGGCAACAACCCAGCAGCAGGACCGCUACCUCCGCCUUUGUGCAAGGAGGAGCAGGAGGAGCACUGCCAGAGCCCUGCAAAAUGACCUCCAGCAGGCCACAAAUGUGCAUGUGUCUGCUGCAUUUGUGUCUGCUCAAACGGUCAGAAACAGACUCCAUGAGGGUGGUAUGAGGGCCCGACGUCCACAGGUGGGGGUUGUGCUUACAGCCCAACACCGUGCAGGACGUUUGGCAUUUGCCAGAGAACACCAAGAUUGGCAAAUUCGCCACUGGCGCCCUGUGCUCUUCACAGAUGAAAGCAGGUUCACACUGAGCACAUGACAGACGUGACAGAGUCUGGAGACGCCAUGGAGAACGUUCUGCUGCCUGCAACAUCCUUCAGCAUGACCGGUUUGGCGGUGGGUCAGUCAUGGUGUGGGGUGGCAUUUCUUUGGGGGGCCGCACAGCCCUCCAUGUGCUCGCCAGAGGUAGCCUGACUGCCAUUAGGUACCGAGAUGAGAUCCUCAGACCCCUUGUGAGACCAUAUGCUGGUGCGGUUGGCCCUGGGUUCCUCCUAAUGCAAGACAACGCUAGACCUCAUGUGGCUGGAGUGUGUCAGCAGUUCCUGCAAGAGGAAGGCAUUGAUGCUAUGGACUGGCCCGCCCGUUCCCCAGACCUGAAUCCAAUUGAGCACAUCUGGGACAUCAUGUCUCGCUCCAUCCACCAACGCCACGUUGCACCACAGACUGUCCAGGAGUUGGCGGAUGCUUUAGUCCAGGUCUGGGAGGAGAUCCCUCAGGAGACCAUCCGGCACCUCAUCAGGAGCAUGCCCGGGCGUUGUAGGGAGGUCAUACAGGCACGUGGAGGCCACACACACUACUGAGCCUCAUUUUGACUUGUUUUAAGGACAUUACAUCAAAGUUGGAUCAGCCUGUAGUGUGGUUUUCCACUUUAAUUUUGAGGGUGACUCCAAAUCCAGACCUCCAUGGGUUGAUCAAUUUGAUUUCCAUUGAUCAUUUUUGUGUGAUUUUGUUGUCAGCACAUUCAACUAUGUAAAGAAAAAAGUAUUUAAUAAGAUUAUUUCAUUCAUUCAGAUCUAGGAUGUGUUGUUUAAGUGUUCCCUUUAUUUUUUUGAGCAGUGUAUUUAUACCCUCCUCCUAGGUGGAGUCAAUUCCUUGCACAUCUAGAAAGCCAACACAUCUCUGUUGCUAAGUCAGGAUCUUAAUUGGUUCCUCACUCGUGUAGUCAUGGCCCUGCCUCCUGCUAGAACCUUCGUGGGCAUGGAAGUAUAUGUGUGUAGGAUAGGACUGUUCCUUCUCACUUCAUCUGACCUGACCUCGGGCAGAAUUCCUUGCUCCUCCCUAACCCACGACUGUCCUUUAUCAGUGACUGAAACCAAACUGUUGCCUUUUGCCUCCCUCAUUAGGAGCCAUGAGAUUUAACAAUACCAUGUUUUGACAGAAUGUAAACUUUCUGCACUCCCCUUACUUUCCAUACACCUAGUUCUUAUUCACCCUCCAUUGACCCCAACAUAUACAUUCCUUAUACAUGUAAAGUAAUCAAUACGUUCUAGUAUGGUAACAUGAAUUAGUAUAUUUCAAGCUAGAACCCAAUAAUGGUAAAGUUAUUAUUUACGCUUUGGAUGGUGUGUCGAUACUCCCAUUCACUACAAAGAUACAGGCGUUCUUCCUAACUCGUUUGACGGAGAGGAAGGAAACUGCUCAGGGAUUUCACCAUGAGGCCAAUGGUGAUUUUUAAACCAGUUAGACUUAAAUGGUUGUGAUAGGAGAAAACAACUGAGGAUGGAUCAACAACAUUGUAGUUUACUCCACAAUACUAACCUAAAUGACAGAGUGAAAAGAAGGAAGCCUGUACAGAAUAGAAAAUAUUCCAAAACAUGCAUCCUGUUUGUAAUAAGGUACUAAAGUAAUACUGCAAAAAAUGUGGCAAGAAAAAUGAACUUUUUGUCCUGAAUACAAAGUUUUAUGUUUGGGGCAAAUCCAACACAUCACUGAGUACCACUCCAUAUUUUCAAGCAUGGUGGUGGCUGCAUCAUGUUAUGGGUAUGCUUGUCAUCAGCAGGGACUAGGGAGUUUUUUAGCAUAAAAAUAAAAGGAUAAAGCUAAGAACAGGCAAAAUCCUAAAGGAAACCCUAUUUCAGUCUGCUUUCCUACAGACACUGGGAGACAAAUCCACCUUUCAGCAGGAUAAUACCUAAAACACCAGUUUAGUUAUUACUUACCAAGACGACAUUGUAUGUUCCUGAGUGGCCUAGUUGCAGUUUUGACUUAAAUUGUCUUGAAUCUAUGGCAAGACUUGAAAAUGGCUGUCUAGCAAUGGUCAACAUCUAACUUGACAGAGCUUGAAGAUUUAAAAAAAGAAUAAUGGGAAAUAUUGUACAAUCCAGGUUUUCAAAGCUCUUAGAGACUUACCCAGAAAGACACAGCUGUAAUCGCUGCCAAAGGUGACUAACGUGUUGACUCGGGGUUGAAUACUUAUCUAAUCAAAAUAUAUUAGUGUUUUAUUUUCCAUUAAUACAUUUAAAAAAGUUUGAGUAUUUUGUGUUGUCAAAAAUGAAAAUUAAAUCUAUUUUAAUCCCACUUUGUAACACAAAAAAAAAGUUGAAAAAGUCAAGGGGUGUGAAUACUUUCUAAAGGCGCUGUAUAUGCCUGAAAGUCUAAUAUCCUUAUUCUAUAUGAGGCACAUAGUUGAAUCUUCUUAAUAGUUUGCAAGAGACAUGUUCAAAGCCACUGACCCACAAUACAUUUAGAACACAGCUUCCAAUGGUGAGUCAUUUCAUUUGUAGCUGUUUAGCAUUUGUUUUUGUGGUUGACCUCAUGAAUGUUCCUGUGUUGCAGGAGUGUGAUGGAGAAAUCAUUCCUGGAGUACUAUGACUUCUACGAGGGGGUCUGCAAAGAGAGACUACACCAACAGGGACAGAACAUGCAGGUAUUGCCAGAGACCUCAUUCUAUGUCUGUCUGUUUGUGUGUGUGUGUAUACUGUACACGUUUCUUUAUGCACCUUGGAGAAGCAGAACACACAGGUUAUAAUGCAUCACACAUCCUGAUGACUAAUGCACUGCACCUGCCCUGGGGUUAGGCAGCGUUUCCCAAACUCGGUCCUCGGGACGCCAAUGGGUGCACGUUUUGGUUUUUGCCCUAGCAUACACAGCUGAUUUAAAUGAUCAAAGCUUGAUGAUUAGUUGGUUAUUUUAAUCAGCUGUGUAGUGCUAGGGCAAAAACCAAAACGUGCACCCCUUGGGUUCCUGAGGACCGAGUUUGGGAAACCCUGGGUUAGAGGAAGACUGAGGGAUUUACAUGCCCAAACAUUUAAAGGGAUACUUCAGGAUUUUGGCAAUUAAGCCCUUUAUCUACUUCCCCAGAGUCAGAUGAACUUAUGGAUACCAUUUUAUGUUUUUUAUGAAGGAAGUUGAAGGUAGUUUCGCGAGCUAAUGCUGACAAACAUUAGCACAAUGACUGGAUGUCAAUGGUAACAGCUAGCAUGCUAGCUGUUAGCGUAGAUGCCUUGUCAUUGUGCUAACGCUAGUUAGCAACUGCGCUAACACUAGUUAGCAACUUCCUUCAAACUGUACGCAGAGACAUAAUGAUAUCCAUGAGUAGGAGUGAUGCGUGGGUAAAAUCACUGGGGAAGCAAGAGGGGGGGAGCCAUAUUACAACCUAUGUGUUGUGAAAAUUGCGUUGUUUGCUCUAUAACCUCUUAGUUCAUAUGCCUUGCGACCAUGAUAUAUAGGUCUAAGGCCGAGACAAUAAGAAGACAGUGGCAGAAUAAAUUCAACCACACCUUUGUUUCAUCACAAAACCGGAGAGCAACCUCUGUCCGGUGAAGUCCACAAAACAUAUUGCAUGUAACAAACAAUUACAUGACCUACAGCAUGGCCAAGCAAGUUAAUGUUUUCAACAUUUUCGGACCACUAAACAACUAUUGAUUUAGAACCACGGAGAGUUACCGCAAGUCGCAAAGAAAAUAGAAGCUUGCCUCCAUUAUUCCAGCAAGAUUUCAACAUCAUUAAAUCACCCAUGCUUAUUCUAAUACAAUGACAACUAAAAGAGACCAAAAACAAUGUAUUCCAAUCAACGUAAGCUAAAUAUGUGGUUGUCCAUGGUUCUGAUUUCUAUUUGUGCAAGUAGAAAAACAUGUUGACUCACCCUACUUGUAGAGAAACACCAAUGCCAUCCUCCUCUCAUGUUGACUAAACGGCCUAUCACUGUCAUACAGUACACACCUUUAUUUUUUUUUGUCCUAGGCUACCUGGCUAAAAUGCUUGCUCGCUAGCCUAACUUCCUUUCAUGGGCAACAUUAGCUAGUUAACAUUAGCCUUCUACAUCUAGCUACAUGUUGAACUUCCAUCCUCUCAGGCCCAGGGCACAACAAUGUAUGUAUGAAUGAAUGGUUGGAUCAGAAUCACCGUUAUAAUCAUUGGCCAGUAAGGAGAAUUAAGUAAAACCACAAGUCCAAAUCCCUAUCUCCAUCCAUGGCUAAUUUAGGAAUGGGCCAAUUUUUGUUAGCUAGAUAGCCACCGGAGGACGACAACACAACCAGAUGCAACAAUUCAAGUUGUUUCUGUCAAUGACGUAUGCGCUCUAUGUGAUUUGAUAGGAGUGAGGCCAAAUCCAAACUGUCUUCCCUUGACACUUUUUUUUAGUUGCGCCAGGACCAUUCUCAGUUGAGCUCGCUCAGUUUAUCUAAAUGCUGAUUGGCUGUUAUUUUAUACCUUUUUUUUUUAUCAAGGGGGGGCCAAAUGCAUUCAAGGCUAUGGGCGGCAACAAUGUAAUACUCUUUUGGACCAGACAGCAUCAGAGAAAGAGGGGCACUGUUUUGCUCGCUUGGAUGCGUUCUCCGGUGAGAUACAUUCAGCCUCUUGCAAGUUGAAGGAAAAUUAUGAAACAGAGAGGAAAUAUUUAUUUUUUUUUUUUUUUCUUGGUCAGUUUUUUGGUAAGCCAGACUUCCCUUGGCAUCCAUGAAAACACGCCACUGUUCACAAGUUCAUCUGACUCUUCAUUGCCAAAAUAAUUUGUUUAUUUACAGAAGGUUCUCUAAUACACAUAUGAAGAAAUGCUAUCUAUACAUGUAUAAAUAAGGUCUCUUUGUACACAUAUACAAAAUAAAUAAAAAAACACAGUAUACACUGCUCCCACAUGCUUUAAACCUGCACCACAACAGUGGAAAAUAUGAGAUGUGGAAAUAUUAGAUCAUCCCACACACACUCUUUCUCUCCUUACACACCUCCAGGACCCUUUUGGGGAGAAGAGGGGUCGCUUCGACUACCAGGGCCUACUGGCACGCCUGAGUGCCACCCAGAGGCGCAUACGGGAGAAGUGCCCACCGGAGGACAACGAUGACCACUCAGACUCUGACACCAGCUCCUCAGGCACAGACCCAGAUAGCCAGGGCAGCUCCCAGCCUUAGCCACCAGAUGGCGCCACACUACCUUUUAUUUUUCUGUUUCCCACAUUCUGUUUUUGCAGGAUGCUUUUGGCGUAAGCGAGAUGUUGGGGAGGGGAAAGGCCUGAUUUUCAGGAAGCACUUAUGAUGCAAAGGCAUGGGAUAGCUAAUGUCUGUUUUGAUUGGUUGUUCUUUUUCCUCUCCCCCAAUGACUGCCUUUUGAUUAUUAUUUUCAACUGAUGUAAGUAAACAAUGCUAGUGUACACUUAGUUGGUGUUGGGGGAGUUUGGCUUGUAGAAAUGGACAGUUUGUUUGAAAGCAAUUUGUCAUAGCCUCUGCCUUUUUGUUGUCUUUGUUUUCCACGCCCGACUGGAUUAGGAAGUAGAGGUGACAUCUGAGAUUGACCAUUCUCAAUAUUCACAGUCAGUACAACCACAUCAAUCCUCUUAAUCAGAUCACCAAACUUCUAUUCAUUCAUACAUCGGUACACAUACCUCAGACUAUCCACUUCUAAAGUCCCAUUGUCUCUUAUGAUGUUCUUUCCUUAAUCUGAACAGUACUUAAUAAAAUUAUGAACUGAGUCAUAAUUACAUUAUGAAUUCAUAAUGAAUUGCAUUAGUAAAAAUAAAAAAAACUCAGUUAAUGCCUAGUACAAAAUAUGUACAGUUGUGGUCAAAUAUAUUGGCACCUUUGCACUUUACAAUCGAGCAGAUUGUAAUGUUUAUUCUUUUCAAAACUGGUUGGAUGGCUAUUUCUUACCCUGUAGGCACCUGCAACUUAUGACAAAAUGUGAAUCACUUGCCUCCAUCCAAAUUAAUUAGGAUUUUCGAUAAUGUAGUCCAGGCCAUAUUUUGACUUGGAAAAAUCUAAAUUUCAGUUUUGAUCAGUUUUUUUCUUGAUCCUGUGCAGAUGUAAAUCAAACAAAUGCACGUGUGUACAUGUUUUUUUCUCCAACUUAUUUGAGAAGAAAUAGUGAAUCAUUCAAGGGUGCCAAUAUAUUUGUCCGCAACU